UGUGGGCUUUCACCUUGGUCCUAGUCUGGUCUGGACGCAAUCAUAAGCCACCGUAACGGGAGCCCACUUGUGAUACCCACACCAGUAGCAACGUAGCCUUUCACUCUAUACUGCUCCCCGCAUGCAGUUUUUUCGUGGCACGACAGCCGCUGUGGCAAUCGUUGAGUGCAAUUUAGCACGGCGAAGGCUGCUGGAAGUAAUUGCGGGUGACGAUGCGUCUCCAAUAAAGUGUUUCAAAGGGCAACCAAUGUGCGUCCCGCCAGAGAGUUGUUGCUGUCUCAUCAACACCGACAUCAAACGGCCAUGUGAAGGCGGGCCAAAAGUCCUGAGACGCUUCACAGAUUCGCCCAUGCAUAGCAUCUAUGCAUCACUUCAAAUCGCAAGUAUCAGCCAUGUAAUAAUUUACAAAAUUUGUGCAGGAAAGUGCUUUAAUUGAAAGAAUGGUUCAGUUGUUGAACGGAGGAUGACACACAGAAAGAAAGAAAGAUAGAUAAACUCCUAAAAGACUGUAUGAGUAUCCCACUUGUCGUCCGAAUUCGACAGCUUGGCUUAGCGACGACUCACGUUACUGUUGGCGUCGUCAACUAUUGUGAUGACUAAAAGCGACGGCAGUACCAAAAGGGUAAACGAGAAGAAACAGGGAAACGAGCUUAAAAAAUAGAAAACGCUACUAAUUCAUCGACGCUGAAUAUCAUCGUAACCCGCUUACUUGAUAAUAUUAGACUUUAUACAAUACGGGAAGUUGCAUACUUUGUGGCAAAGAUUGUGCAAAAUGAAGAGAAGGCACAAAAGCGUGAUGGGUUUUAGCAAGAGAUGGUUACUUGUAGGCGCUCCAACAAGCGCCACAGGUCGAUCCGACAGCCAGGAAGGUGGAGUGGUUUUCAGCUGCGCAGUAGAUUCGGAACGGUGCUCACCAGUUGAUCUGGACACUGAGGGGGUGCGACGAAAUCAGUCAGGAGCGCCUUUAGAGAAUAAAGCGCAUCAGUGGUUUGGGAGCACCGUAGUCAGCGGGGGCGAAGAUGGGCAUGUAUUGGCAUGCGCAAUCUUGUACCAGCAUUAUUACUCCGGCGAUCCAUCUGUAUAUCGAUUACCAAUCGGAAAUUGUUUUCUGGCCAAUGGUAAUUUCAAUCACGUGGUACGUCUGUCACCUUGCGAAGGGAAAACUCCACACCACACCCGACUGGGAGCGUGUCAGGCAGGAUUUUCCGCUGCCGUUGACAAGAAAUCUGGCCAAGUCGUUCUCGGCGCCGUGGGUGCUUACCAGUGGCAGGGCGCCGGUUAUGCUUUUGAUAUUGCGAAGCCUAAAGAUCCUGUGCACACCCCAAAGAAAGGAAUACGGUUCGAUGACCAGUUCAUGGGUUAUGCCACAGCAAUAGGCGAGUUCACUGGUGAUAGUAGGCCAGCGUUCCUACUAGGAAUUCCUAAAGGGGCCGACUAUAAUGGCAGUGUCGAAAUGUACCAGAGGCGCGGGAAUCGUUUGGCGAAGUUAGAACCAACUUUUAUUGGCGGACAGCUGGGUUCAUACUUCGGAUCAGCGCUUGCUGUCAGCGACCUUAACGGUGAUAACCUGGACGACAUCAUCGUGGGGGCUCCUCUCUUUAGCAGUUUCGAGGUCCGCAAUGAGCAUGAACAAGGACGUGUGCAUAUCUAUUAUCAAGAAGCUCCCUUGGAAUUCCACGAAGGAGAACCUUUGAAAGGCAAGGUCCCUAACGGUCGUUUUGGCUUCGCGGUGGCUGCUCUUGGAGAUAUUAAUAAGGAUGGAUUUAAAGAUAUCGCGGUUGGAGCCCCGUACGGAGACCAUGGCGGUUUAGUGUAUAUUUAUCACGGGGGUAAGAGUGGCAUUUCUGCUAAAGCUUCUCAGAUAUUUGGCCCCGCGGAUUUUAGUCGUAGCGGCCAGAUUAGCACGUUCGGAUUCUCUUUGAGUGGCGGCUUAGACCUCGACAAGAACGGCUAUCCUGAUCUACUCGUCGGCGCUUAUGGAAGUAACAAGGCGUUGUAUUUUCGCAGUCGACCAAUAAUUCACAUUAAACCACAGUUCAAAAUUGAUGCCAAUGCAAUUCGUUUAGAAGACGAAGGAUGCCUUUUACCUGAUGGAACUACGCUACCUUGCUUAAAUCUCGAGCUUUGUUUUCGAUUCGAUGCGCCCUCCAAUGUGGAUUCCAUCAAUAUAGGAUACCAAUUUAGUCUGGACACGGAAGCCAGGACGUCGCGCUUAAGCUUCGAAAAUACGCAAGAGCGUUUGCUGAAUUCAACUGUCACCGUACGCAGGGGAAACUAUGAAUGUAUCCAGAAAAAGGCCUUCAUUAAACGUAAUCCAGCUGACAAACUGUCACCAAUUAGAGUGAACGUAGCCUACGCAUUAGUGCAGCCAUCAUCUCCCGACAGCUAUCCGUUUCAGGAUUACACAGCGGAGCUGACCCCCGUUCUGUCUACAACUCAGCCAUUGGAAGCGACCGUCAUUAUAAAAAAGAACUGUGGCGCGGACGAUGUUUGCAUACCUGACCUUCGACUCUCCAUGGCUCCGAAUAUCACGGAGUUCGAAGUUGGGAGUACGCGCCAGUUUGCAGUCGAAAUUUCGGCUUCAAACGCUGGUGAGGACGCUUACAAUACCAAAAUGUUGUUUACGUUCCACAAUGACUUGGACUUUGUCAAAGUUGACAAGGAUAAUCGCCAAGAUCCAGUUACGUGUUCAGGAGCUAAACGCGUAUCGGCAUUCUAUCAGCAUGUCCUAUGUGACCUUGACAACCCGCUAAAGGCUGGCGAUAGCCUUAACUUCCGGAUGAUUUUUGCUGCAAAUAAACAUGUGCCCUCGGUAACAUCGUUCGAGUUUUCGGCGGCUCUCAACUCGACAAACGAUGAACAGGGGAAUACGAAAGCUGACAACGUCAUCACAUUUACUUUGCCAGUUAAGGUCAAGAUUAAUGUCGUCAUCUCCGGUAAAUCUGAUCCCGUGGAGGCAUUCUAUAACGCAUCGUCUGUGGAUACCUCACGAAAAGUGCUAACAGACCUUGAAGUGGGCCCCGAAAUUCAACAUGUCUACCAGAUCACAAACAGAGGCCAUGACCUUGAUUUAGCCGAUAUCUAUUUAGUUUGGCCAACGCACAAUCCGGAUAAUGAGCCUCUAUUGUAUCUUCUCGAACGGCCUCAGUUUAAAGCAUCUAGACCGGCUUUAAUUUCUUGCGAAUCCACAGAUCAUAUUAACUUCAACGCCAAUAAAGUUCUCGUUACCGAAAGUCAACGGCGAACUCCUCGAGAUAUUAGCCGUUUUCUUGAUGACAUCAGCUGUGGUCAACCCUCGAAGUGUGGACAAUUUCGCUGUCAAGUACGAAAUUUUACCUCGUCGGACGUUGUCAUCGUAACCGUGAAUUCGCGGCUUUGGCUACAGACAGUAGCCAAAAUGCGAGUGGACCAAGUGAGCAUUGCCUCAAAGAUUGUGGUGAAACCGAUCAAGCUACGCUUCGACGUGCAAUCGGAACUGCCGCAUGAACUAUUCUACGUGCAAACGACCGCUGUAGCAGAGGAUUUAUUGGUGGCUCCAGGCAUUCCCUGGUGGAUCAUUGUCCUUGCGAUAAUCAUCGGCAUCCUGCUACUUGCACUGCUUGUUUGGUGCUUAUAUAAGGCGGGCUUUUUCCGGCGAAGACGUCCCGGUGAACCGAUUGAUGAGCGAGGAACUAAGAAUGGAUAUCAUACUGUCGAGACCGUGCCUAGAGAUGAACAUCGUUACUAGGUCCUAAAAGGCCAAUCUAUUAAGCCUAUAUAGCAAGCACACAAUAUGUGUUUCAUACGAUAUAUAUAUAUAUAUAUAUAUAUAUAUAUAUAUAUAUAUAUAUAUACAAAGAGCAUGCACAAUGUCCUUGUACAUGACAGGUAGUUAGCGAAAUUUAUGGUAAAGAAUUACAACCGAGAUGUGGGCGCGAGUAGUGUGCAAAAAAUCCACAUAGAAGACGAAUCGCUGGUUGAUAGGUCGCUUGACAUAAACGCCACUUCACGCUAGAGGAGGUAAAGAAGCAGCCAAAGGUAGCAGAGAACUGAACGUUAGAAUACGGAUAAUAAUCAAAUGAAAGCGUCAUUCCUGGUCGUUAUCAUCGCCGCGUUCACUUAGUUGCCAAUUAUGCACUGCCUCUAUAGGCGAUGUCAGAACGGCUACCUACUAUUAGGCUAUUUGCGAUCUACGUAUUCUUUUCUGCCAUUUAACUGUUAUAAUGCCAUUUUAGGUUGUUAUAUAGUGUAGUAGUUGAAAUAUCGCGUUUUCAACCUAUAAUUUGAAGCCUGGGGAGGACAUAACCUAUGAGUACAAAAAGUUUGAUUCACUUUUGAUAUAACCACAAAAUCAAGGAAAAGUUAAAUAGACAAAGCAUAUUUUAGGAGACAUAGGCAGUUUUUUGGCCUAGAGGAAAGGUUAGAUGCAGAGACUCACCCAUUGCUAACACAUACCAUACCACAUGGUGGCCUGUAUAUAUUGAAACUGUUGAUAACGUAACAUUAAUAGUAAAUAUUUUUUUAUUUUUAAAUGGACCGGUAUUAGUGACAAGUUAUUAUUGAAGGUAACAGUAAUAUUCGAAGACUGUAAAGUUGAGCAUUGUAUUUCUGCGUAAAUUCAAUGCUAUGAGAGAUGCAAGACCAAUGCAUUUUACAUUCGUUUUGGAGGUGGGGAAAGAACAAGACAUGGAAAACUUUUUCAUCGCACUCUUAUACAAUUUUAUUUACUGUUGUUUAUUUAUUCAAGAAUACUACCAUUAAUAAUAUUAAUAUAAAUAACUACUACUGCUAAAACAAACUGAGCUAAACAAGUUAAAAAUAAGGCAAGAACUUGCCUCUCCCCUUAUAGAUCAAGUUAUUUCUUAAGCUACUUUUAUUCUAAAAACCAAGUCAGACAUUUCUCAAUCAAAUCUUAAUCGAAUAGUUUUCAAGGCGAAAUGAGUAUUUAUUAUGUUACAUAAUGAGAAAUUCUACCGAGUAAGCAAGUAUGCCUUUACAAUAUUUCUCUGCAAAAAUAUUUCAAACGUAUUUUUCGAGGUGCCCAUUUUGAUCUGGGAAGUAUCCGCUUUAUUUCAAAAAGUAUGUGAUUCGGUUAAAGGAAGUCAUCAUUGGUUCAAGUUCAGGAAAAUAAAACUGUUAAGUAUCGUCAGUGUAGUCGAUCUAUACAAUCCGAAUAAUGAAUAAUGUUCUAAUUUUUAUCCAACACGCAUGUGCUGCUAGAUUUUUGCGCAUGCUAACUGCUUCUAAAAAAAAAAUCCAUCAGAAAUUAGACGCUCUAUACUACUUAGAGCUCAUAUCGUUAAUUGAAUCUCGAUAGCCAAAUUUUAGUUUAGUGUUUACUUGUUACCGUUGAAAUUGGCAGGUAAAGUACUCUUCAUAGAAAGUUGUCAAUUAGAAGUUCCUGAUCACCGUUAGUAAUAACUGGAUACGACGAUAUUGGUUUAAAGGUUACAUCAAGCGUUUAUUAAUAACCGCUCUAAUAUAUAUAUAUAUAUAAAUAGCGUUUAUGUACUGCUUCCGAACAUAUACAGGUUAUGUGGGAGUAAUGGAGGCAUUUAUAUACGCUUGAUAAAAGUGGUACAUCGAUUAACAAUUGAAAAAAUCGAUAACAGACGUAUUCUAUGCGGGCAUAAUUAACGAACAAUUUACGAUUUCAUGAUAAAUGGAUAUACCAUCAAAGCUUGCAGGCAUAUUUGUCUGGUACAUGGAAUCGGGUGAAAAAACAAAGAGACAAAGUAAAAUAAACGUAAGUCGAAUCAAAAAUUGCCUAAAUCUCGUAACAGAAAAUCCAAAUGAUUUUUCUUCUCUUGAUUCCUGAUCUCGACUAGCGAACUUAGAACGCAAAGCGAACACGAAACAUGAAAAUGUCUCAAAGCGAUUAAGUGCCAAUGUAUUGUACAAUGCUUUAUAAUAAACAUAAUUUAUAAGAUUACA